CAAAUGGCUCCACCUCCUCCGCACCAAGGAGGGGUGCUCCCCGCAGUGGCGCUCGCGCUCCUCCUCCUCACCGUCGCGGCGCGGGCGCAGCAGGAGUACGAGGCCAACAAGCAGGACGCCUGCUACGCCGCCAAUGGCAGCUCCGUCCUCGGCUACACCUGCAACGCCACCUCCGCGCCGCCUCCCUGCGACGCCUUCCUCGUCUUCCGCUCCUACCCGCCGCUCUACGCCUCCCCGGUCUCCAUCUCCUACCUCCUCAACUCCUCCGUCUCUGCCGUCGCCGCCGCCAACGCCGUGCCGACGGUGUCCCCACUCGCCGCCUUCAGCCUCGUCCUCGCGCCGGUCCCCUGCGCCUGCACCCCCGGCGGGUACUACCAGCACAACGCCUCCUACACCAUCCAGUUCCUCGGCGAGACCUACUUCAUCAUCGCCAACAUCACCUACCAGGGCCUCACCACUUGCCAGGCGCUCAUUGCCCAGAACCCCCGGCUCGACAGCCGCGGCCUAGUCUCCGGGCACAUCCUCACCGUGCCGCUCCGGUGCGCGUGCCCCUCGCCCGCUCAGGCCGCCGCGGGGGUCAAGCACCUGCUCUCCUACCUCGUCAUGUGGGGCGACGACGUCACCGCCAUCGCCGCGAGGUUCCGGGUUGACGCGCAGGCGGUGCUCGACGCCAACAGCCUUGCUAAGGAUGACAUCAUAUACCCCUUCACCACGCUGCUCAUCCCGCUCAAGGCCGCGCCCACGGCGGACAUGCUCGCCUCCCCGGCGCCGCCCCCUGCGCCGACUCCGCCGCAGGCCCCGCCGGCGCAGUCGGGUGGUUCGGGAGCCGGUAGGUGGGUUGCCGUUGGGGUUGGUGCUGGUUGCGGCGCUCUUGCGUUGGCCGCCGUUCUCGGCCUGCUCUUCUUACGCGCCCGGCGGCGCCGGCGGCGCGGGAAUGGGGAAAGCGACCGUCCGCGGAAGGUGGUCAUCGAUGUGUCCGCGUCGGCGGAUUACGGUGCCCUGGCGUCGGGGAAGCAGACCACCACCACCACGACCUCCUCGUCCUCGUGGUGGACGAGCCCGCUGGUGGCCAGCGACGUGCGCGGUGCCGUGGAGUCGCUGACGGUGUACAAGUACUCGGAGCUGGAGAAGGCCACCGCGGGGUUCUCGGAGGAGCGGAGGGUGACGGGCACGUCGGUGUACCGGGCCGUCAUCAACGGCGACGCGGCGGCGGUGAAGCGGGUGUCCGGCGACGUGAGUGGCGAGGUCGGCAUCCUGAAUCGCGUGAACCACUCCUGCCUCGUCCGCCUGUCGGGCCUCUGCGUCCACCGCGGCGACACCUACCUCGUCUUCGAGUUCGCGGAGAACGGUGCGCUCAGCGACUGGCUCCACGGCGGCGGCGGCGGCAACACCCCACGGUGGAGGCAGCGCGUGCAGGUGGCGUUCGACGUCUCCGACGGGCUUAACUACCUCCACAACUACACUAACCCGCCAUGCGUUCACAAGAACCUCAAGAGCAGCAACGUCCUCCUCGACGCCGACUUCCGCGCCAAGGUGUCGAGCUUCGGGCUGGCGCGGGCGGUCACCGCGGCCGACGGCGGCGCGCAGCUCACACGCCACGUCGUGGGCACGCAGGGGUACCUGGCGCCCGAGUACCUCGAGCACGGCCUCAUCACGCCCAAGCUCGACGUGUUCGCCUUCGGGGUCAUCCUGCUGGAGCUGCUGUCCGGGAAGGAGGCGGCGUUCGCGGAUGAUGGCGGCAACAAGGGGGAGGAGGAGACGCUUCUGUGGGAGUCCGCGGAGGAGAGGCUGGUGGCGGACGGCGAGGACGUCGACCGGGUCAAGGUGCGCGCGUUCAUGGACCCGCGGCUGCACGGGGACUACCCGCUUGACCUCGCGCUCGCCAUGGCGGCGUUGGCGCUGCGGUGCGUGGCGAAGGAGCCCCGGGCACGGCCGUCCAUGGACGAGGUGUUCGUCUCGCUCUCGGCGGUGUACAAUUCGACUCUGGAUUUGGAUCCAUCGGAUUACGGCAACUCCGGGUCUUCGAUUGUUGGGAGGUAGUAGCAAUUAGCCAGGAAAGAUCGCAUUUUUCAAAGGAAGAUGAACAAGAUGUGGAGAAUCGGGGAUCGACCUAUGUUAUAGUACUAUCCGAUCACUUACACAACUGAUGCUGGAAACAUUCU